AUGAAGUCAACUGGACUCGUCGCUCCCCUCCUUGCCGCCGGCGCAGCGGCUCGCUACCAUGCUCGCGAUGUCGAGAUGCUGGCGCCCCGCGCCAUCGUCGACGUUGACCCGAACGGUGCUAUCUGCCCAGCUUUCCAGACCGUCAGCGUCAUCGUCCAGCCCAUCUUCUACAGCGAGUUCAUCCCGUACAACACAGUGAUCGACCCGUUCAGAAACGGCCAGCCUCUCACCGUGCUCAAUGCUCCCACCCCGGUUGUCGUUCUUUCGGACUUCAGAAACACCUUUUACUCUGGUUAUACAAUCCCUUCGACCUCAAUGUCAGCCAGCUCGACGGCCUCUAGCACGGGAGCGAGCACGGACUCCACCAUGUCCUCCAUGAGCUCGUCCGAGACCACCUCCAUGAGCACCACCUUUGAGACCACCAGCAGCGUGUCCAGCUCGACCAGUGCUCCUUCCAGCACCAUCACCUCGGCCCCGGUUUUGAACCUGGGUGACGGCUUCCCCGAUGGAGUUGUCACCGAUCUGCAGGAUGAUUUCCUUGUCCUCGGCUUCACCGCCCUGGCCCGUCAGCCUGCGAAGCGUGCCAUUCAACGUCGUCAGCAAGUUGGCGUUACUGCCCUUCCCGCGGUCGUGGUCAACCUGAUUGACGGUGACAACACCAACUCGCAGGACGUUCCCGCUGAGGAGUGCGAUUUCGCUACCCCGCUCAUCCUGGACACUGGCAAGCUCGUCUCGUAUGAUCGGGCCAUUGCCAAGCAAAAUGGUGCCACCGAGGCCGUCGUGGGCUUCCUUGUCAACGAGGGCGUCAAUGCUGUCAAUGCUUCCAUCCGCUUCGUUGAUGGUAGACUGAACUGGUUCGCGGCCGACGGUACAGGCAACGCCAACUUCUUCUCCUGCCCCAACGGUCUCUACGCCGGCUUCCCCAACUUCCAGGCCGAUGGCUGCACCGAAGUGCUGGCCGGUGCCAUUGGUUCCCAAGCUUGCAUCAACUUGGUCACCGCAUUGGGCCGCCAAGUGAACCCGGGUUUCAGAUACCCGCGUGACGACGUUACCUCCUCGACCAUGUCUAGCUCCACCGCAACUGAGAGCACCAGCUCCAUGACCGAGAGCUCUACCGAGACCACCUCCACCGAGACCACCUCCACUGAGACCACUUCCACCGAGACCACCUCCACCGAGACCACUUCCGUCGAAAGCACCACCACCGAGGCCACCUCUACCGAACCCACCUCUGCCGAGACCACCUCGGAGGAGAGCACUUCCGCCACUGAGACCACGGCUGAGACCACCUCCGCCGAGACCACCUCCGCUGAGACCACCUCCGCUACCGAGACCACGGCUGAGACCACCUCCGCUACCGAGACCACGGCUGAGACCAGCUCCAGCGCGUCCGAGACCACCGCCGAGACCAGCUCCAGCGCGUCCGAGACCACCGCUGAGACCAGCUCCAGCGCCGCGUCCGAGACCACCGCUGAGACCAGCUCCAGCGCGUCCGAGACCACCGCCGAGACCAGCUCCAGCUCGGCCGAGAGCACCAUUACCUCUGCCAGCUCGAGCGAGUCUAGCUCGGUCUCGACGACUGAGAGCUCCGCCUCCUCCACUACCAGCAUCUAA